AUGCUAGGUAACCCUGUAUUUCAUUAUGAACGAAUAUACAUACAAGACGAGGACCUAUCGUACAAUUUCACCAAUUGCAGAAAUCUAGAAAAGGAAGGAUCUUCAGAUGGCAUCGUUGGUUCUGGAAAACGAUAUUGGCAUUCUAUCAACAAGAUGUUUCGUCAAAUUACAUCCUUCAUUCUAGCUUAUUUCAUACAUCCCCUUUUCCGUAUAGAAGAAUCACAGGAAGCAGAGAGCGAAAGAGCCUUUGUGGAUGAAAAAGAGCAGCUGGAUGUUGACAAUGAUUCGGAUAUUGAAAUACUUGGAGAAAAGAUUGCGUCGCACCCCAUCACGAAUGAUUAUCAUCUCAUCAACCAGCAACGACCAUACCAAAACAACAGCAUUUUAGAAAACAGUUUUGGUGAUCAUGUUGGUAACAGUACCAAGACUUCAUCACCUCAUAACAGCAGCAGCAGCAUCAGCAACAAGAACAAGAACAAUCACAAGAACAAGAACAAGAACAAUUACUACGAUGCCAGCCAGGCUUUAAGAAAUCUUGCACUAAAAGGAUUAAAGGCUGGAAGAGAGCAGAAUAAACUGCAGAAUGAGCCACCACCAUACGGAACAGACUUGUCAAUAUCGCAAACACAUUUCUCCAAUCGCCAACAAUGGCAGUUAACCUCAACACCGCGAAAGACCCAACCCGCUUCCACUGUUAUACAACGAAACUCCUCUCAUCGCCAAUUGUUCAACAUCGACCCACCCAAAACUGAAUACCAGCAAUCGAUUUUGAACUUCUACAUCCCACCAAAACCCGUGUCAAUCACCUCCUACUCAUUAGUAGAUGACCUAAUUGCAAAUUUCAAAAACACCGAUCGCAUUUCCGAAACUUACAAAAUAGCCCAAUCCAAAACCCUAGACGUAAUAACAGCCAAACGAUUAGCAUCUAAGGUCAAAAAAAUUGAGCCCUUGACCGAUUCCCAAUUGACCAAGGUGAACCAAGCAUGGCAAUCCGGUUCUCGAUCAAUUUGCAUCACUCGAUACAAUAUCGAUCUCACAUUUGCCGAUUUACAAACUUUGAAAGAUGGCCGCUGGCUCAAUGACAACGUUAUUGAUUUCUAUCUCAAUAUGGUUAUGAAGCAAAACCCUAAGAAAAUAUUUAUCUGGACAACUCAUUUCUAUUCCACUUUAGCAUCAAGAGGGUAUAACGGGGUUGCAAGAUGGGCAAAGAGGAAAAAAAUCGAUUUAUUCACAAUGGACAGAGUCAUUGUACCGAUAAACAUCAGCAACACGCAUUGGGCAUUAGCUGUGAUUGACAAUGUGGCAAAAACAAUUACAUAUUACGAUUCAUUGACUUUUGGUCAAUCAGGUAAUCCCGAAGCCGUUGAAAAUUUACAAAUGUAUAUGGAUCAUGAAGCACAACGCUUGAAUUGCGAUGCUGUGCAAUACAAGUUGAUUCCGUAUAUUGAAGCACCACAACAACAAAAUGGAUCUGAUUGUGGGGUUUUCACUUGUAUUGCCGCUCGAUAUUUGGCUCAAGGUGAAAAGUUUAAUUAUUCUCAAAAUGACAUGAAGAUGAUUAGACGUCGUAUGACGUACGAGAUUAUGAAUGAUGAAUUGCUAAAAUAA